AUGGUUUUCCCCCGCUCCUCUCGGCCGACGAUCAGCACAGAGUUGCUCUCUCCGUGGACGGCGUGCGCUUCAGCAGCUCCAUCAGGUGCUGCAGACGAGGAGGCGGGGAGUGAACGGAGGAGGAGAUUUCUGAGUGGUGAUGCCGUUAAAGUCCAGGCUAACAUCCCGUCCUCUGUUUCUCCGCAGGAUCCCGGACCGUCGCCUCCUUCCCCGGUCCUGGGCCAGAAACCGCUGCAGCUCAUCGAGCUGAAAGCCAGGGGGCGCUUCGGCUGCGUGUGGAAGGCCCAGCUGCUGAGCGACUACGUGGCCGUGAAGAUCUUCCCCAUCCAGGACAAGCUCUCCUGGCAGAACGAGUACGAGAUCUACAGCGUGUGCGGCAUGAAGCACGACAACAUCCUGCAGUUCAUCGGCGUGGAGAAGAGGAACAACAACCUGGAUCUGGAGCUGUGGCUCAUCACCGCCUACCACGACAAGGGCUCCCUGACGGACUACCUGAAGGCCAACAUCGUGUCCUGGAGCGAGCUCUGCCACAUCGCCCAGACGGCGGCCCGCGGCCUGGCCUACCUGCACGAGGACAUCCCGGGACACAAGGACGGACACAAGCCGUCGGUGGCGCACCGGGACAUCAAGAGCAAGAACGUGCUGCUGAAGAACAACCUGACCGCCUGCAUCGCCGACUUCGGCCUGGCGCUCAAGUUUGAGGCCGGCAAAUCAGCCGGAGACACGCACGGACAGGUCGGAACCCGCCGCUACAUGGCCCCCGAAGUCCUGGAGGGCGCCAUCAACUUCCAGCGCGACUCCUUCCUGCGGAUCGACAUGUACGCCUUCGGCCUGGUGCUCUGGGAGCUGGCGGCCCGAUGCACCGCCGCGGACGGCCCCGUGGACGAGUACAUGCUGCCAUUCGAGGAGGAGGUGGGCCAGCACCCGUCUCUGGAGGACAUGCAGGAGGUGGUGGUCCACAAGAAGCUGCGGCCCUGCCUGCGGGACUGCUGGCAGAAACACACGGGUCUGGCCAUGCUGUGCGAAACCAUCGAGGACUGCUGGGACCACGAGGCCGAGGCCCGCCUGUCCGCCGGCUGCGUGGAGGAGCGCAUCGGCCAGAUGCAGCGCCAGGCGCCCGCCGUCGGCCCCGAGGAGAUCGUCACCGUGGUCACCAUGGUGACGAACCUUGACCUCCCGCCCAAGGAGUCCAGCUUAUGAUGUGCCGGUCGACCCGGAGGGGGGAGCAGACGCCCAGCCCUGGUUGGUUGGCCCCCCUGCCUCCCCCGCCCUCCUCUUUUUUUUUUUUUUCUCUCCUCCUAUUGGUUCCUCACCCCAUCGAGUCGAGAUCCACCUCAUUUUGAUACGUGUGCCUGAAGAUUUUAAUGUUUUUUUUUUUUUUUGUUGUUUUUUUUUUCGGGGUGAGGACGAUGACGCUUCGGGGAGAAAACGAAAAACAUCAUGUAUGUUUUUUUUUUUUUUUUAUAUAUAUAUAUAUCCACACGCGGAGGAAUUUCGCCGAACUCUCAGCGCAUUUUUGUGUUUAUAAAGACAAAACAAAAACA